CCGAGUCCGGAACUGUUACUAAAUUAACGGUUAACGUCGUGACAUGUUACACGUUUAUUUUCGAUAUCGUGAAAAGUAACUUGACAACUUGUCGGUGAAAACAGCCAUCGAGGGAAGACAAGGUUCAUGUGACCCACAGCGGAUGAAAAUGUGGAUCUCCAAUGAGUUUGGAUUUCUGGUGUUCUCAGUGGCAACUUUCAGUUGGUUAAAUGUUCUUGCAGCUUUCGAAACAAGAUACUGCAAUGAACCACUUGGUAUGGAGUCUGGCACUAUUCCUGAUGAGGCCAUCACAGCUAGUUCCUCUUACGUUCCCAACGUCGGAGCUCGAAAUGGCAGGCUUCGCGUAGAGAAAGCAGGGGGAGGAUGGUGUCCAAAACAACAAGUGGAAAGAGGAAUUAGAGAAUAUCUACAAGUAGAUUUAGGAGAGGUUUACGUAGUCACAGGAGUACAAACUCAAGGAAGAUACGAUAGAGGUCGAGGUCAAGAAUAUGCUGAAGAGUACACAGUCGAGUAUUGGAGGCCUGGAUUAAGUGAAUGGAAGGAAUAUAAACGAUGGGACAAUAAACAGAUAUUACGAGGCAACAGUGACACUGCAACCGUAGAAAGCCAGCGACUAAUGCCGCCCGUAUUUGCCAGCAAAGUGCGAAUUCUACCCUACAGUGUCCACAGGAGGACCAUUUGCUUGCGAAUAGAACUUCUGGGAUGUCCAUAUGAAGGUGGAAUUAUGUCAUACGCCGCUCCCGAAAGUUCUGAAGCAUCACAAGGACUCUAUGACAGUUCUUACGAUGGCAGCCGUGUCGACGGAGAACUGCAAGGAGGUCUUGGACGUCUUGUAGACGGUGAAUUUGGUGCUGACAACUUCAGACUGGACAUUGGUUACGGAAAAGGUAACGGAUGGAUUUCUUGGAAAAACGACAGUGUUCCUAACGGCUACGUGGAACUCACGUUCGAAUUUGACCAAAUACGUAAUUUUACCGAAGUGCACCUCUUCACUAACAAUUUUUUUAGUCGAAAUGUUCAGGUUUUCUCGAAAGCGAAAGUGAUGUUCAGCAUUGGAGGACGCUUCUACAAUGGCCCAACCCUGUCCUAUUCAUACAUGCCGGAUCGAGUGCUGGAAAAUGCUCGGAACGUCUCCAUUAAUCUUCAUCAAAGACUCGCUCGUUUCAUCAAACUGCGUCUGUUUUUCGCGGACCGCUGGAUGAUGCUCAGUGAAGUAGCCUUUGAUUCUGUGCCUGUCGCAUUCAACAUUUCCGAAGAGGAAACUCUUGAUCUUAGCGAAAACGAAGUCGUAAUUAGUUCGUCCGAUGGAAACCCAUUGGACGCCUUUGAAACAAUUGCAGCUCGCAAAGAAAGUGAUACUUACGUGGAAAUAAUCAUAGGUGUCUUAACGGCAAUAAUGUUGUUACUUUUAGUAGUUUUUGUGGUAAUUUUAAUACUGAAUAAGCGACACAAGUUGCAAGGGUCACCGACUUUACUCAAGAAUCCGUUCGGCGUCACUAUUAAUAUGAAGGAUUUACUAAUGAAUUUGUCGUCAAGCAAUAACGCAGCUGCCAGCAGCCAUCCGACGCCUGUAAGUCAAGAAGCACCCGGUGAUUCGUCAUCAGCUUCUUUUGAACAGUAUCGAUCACCGCUUGUAGGCAAUUACUAUACACCAAAUUAUGCAACGUUGAGGUGUUCAUCAACAAUAGAAGAACCGGAAGAACCUCCGGAAGUACCUCCGUUACCCGACUCACCAACUCUACAUCAAAGUCCCAUUUCGGCCUCGUCUCCUCUUCACUACAGAAGUUUACAAAGCACGCCAGCAAUAAGUCCUAAGUCGAAGAUGAUUAAUUUAGGAAAUUAUUUUCCGAGAGUUGCUACUGAUCCACCAAAUCGGAAACGAUAUCACACAGCGCCUAGGGAGAAACAGAGGAUACCACCACCAGUUGUGUGCUGGAACAUAGCACCAAGUAUGGGUCACGCUUACAAUUGCAGAGAAGCAGAAUUAGUACCGAUUCCACGAUAUUCUCUCAGGCCACUGGAAAAACUCGGAUCCUGUCACGCUGGAGAGAUUACACUUUGUGAAACGGAAGGUUUAGAAGACAUAAUUCCGGGCGUAUGUCGUUUAGUGGCUGUCCGAACACCAAGUCCGGAAAGAGCGAAAAGUGAUGCUGCGACAGGUUCAAUGGAAUCACUUCGAGAAGUCCGCUUUCUAGCCAGCUUAUCUGAUCCGAAUAUUUGUAAAGUUCUGGGAGUUUGUACGGCCGAACAGCCGCCCUGGACCGUCAUUGAAUACGGUGAAAUGGGAGAUCUAGCUCAAUAUCUGCAGUUUCUCGUCAAUAGAAAUGGAACUGUUCGGUCCUCGACCGAUCAACCCGUAAGUGUGGAUAAUCUCAUUUACAUGGCAACCCAAAUAGCUUCCGGGAUGAAAUACCUAGAGAAUAAACACGUAGUUCACAAAGACUUGGCCGCUAGAAAUUGCCUCGUCGGAAGAAGAUAUAUAGUGAAAAUAGCGGAUGUAGCUAUGUGUAAAGCUCAAUAUAGGAAAGAUUACGCUGAAAUUGGAGGUCGACCACCUGCUCCUAUACGUUGGCUACCGUGGGAGAGCAUUCUUCUUGAUCGAUAUUCGUGCUCAAGUAGUGUAUGGGCUUUUGCCGUCACAUUAUGGGAGAUUCUCAGUUUUGCAUGUGAACGACCUUUUAAUAAAUUAUCUAAUGAAAAAGUUAUUCAAAAUGCCGAACACAUGUACUAUGGGGGCGAACUACAAGUUCUUUUAUGCAAACCUCCAAUUUGCUCAACAGAGAUUUAUGAACUGAUGUGUCAAUGUUGGAAAAGAGAUGACACCGAAAGACCUACAUUUAAACAAAUUUGUUUAUUCUUGAAUCAUCAGAAUAAGGACUAUUCCCCAACGGACUGAUAUUAACACUUAAGUAUUAUAAUUUUAAUUAUACAGGGUGAUCAAAGUAUUUUCCUGCCGUUAGGGUGUUUUUCAAACAUGAAUAUAUUUUAUUGUUCUAAUAUAUUAUUUGUUUUCUAAAUAUUGCCACAACACUUUUAUAUCCAAAAGAGAGUUUUACCAUUGUAACGCAAUGUAAUUAAUAAAAAGGUUGUAUCUAUGUUGUAUGUUAAUUAUUUAUUUAUACAAACUUAGUACAAAAUACAAUGUAUUACUUAUACGUCACAAAACAAUUAAUUGACUGUGUGAAAAAGUUGCUAUUACCUACGUCAUCUGGUUGCAAUUGCUUAAACUACUGUAUAUUAACAUCUUUGAUCACUACAUAUCUGUUUUCUUUUAAGAUAGAUAUGCAUAUAAUAAAAUAGUUCCAUCUUCAUAUUGAAGAUUUUGCUUAAAUUAGACAGUACUAUUUAAAGUACUUUAUAUUGUUUUGUAUUCUUUUUAGCAAACUAAUAAAUGACUGGCGUUUGGAGUUUACAAUGUUUCUUUUAUUUUAGGUGAUUUCACAAAGGGAUUACAUAUUGGUGAAGUAUUGUUUGCCAUACGGAUUUUAGACUUCUGUUUGUGCACCAAAGAAUAGCUCUAAAGAAUUUAACAAAAUGUAACAAAUCUAGAUAAUUUUAAAUAGUUUGAUCACUCUGUAGUACAAAGUCAUAUUUAGAAGCUAUUGCACAUUCUUUGAUAUUGUUAUGUAUAUAUUUAUUUUA